AUGUCAGCUGAAGUGUGCCGAACGGACGAGGAUAAAACGCUCGCCGAAGAUGAUCAGAAUGAUAGUAAUUCGGGAAACAUGGAUCAGAGAUUUGAGAGAAUCACAGUGCCGAUUCAAAUGAUCAAAGGCAAACGAUUCGGACUCGGGAUAAUGCUGGUGCAUCAGCGAAUUAUUGUGUGUAAAGUUGAUGAUGAAUCCCUUGUCUCCGGAAUCUUAAAAGUCGGCGAUCAAAUCACCCAAAUCAAUGGGGAUACGGUAACCGAUAAGGAGAAGUGCAGAAAGCUUCUAAUCAGCAAUUUACACAAGAAGGGAAAAGCUGAUGUCUCAUUGAUUCGACCAAAAACCAAUGAUGCGAUUUGUACAAUAAUGGAAGAGAUCCAAUUGAACAAAAAGCCGAGCAUAAUGAAAGAGGAUCUGAAAAAAUGA